UAAUCUCGCGUUAAAGUUUGGAUUACGAAAACGACGAGAGACGGAGACACAAAUAAUAAUAACUAUUUUUUUAUUUGUUUACUUUAGGUGUUUACUAAUUCCACAUUUAAGAUGAUUGUCUACCUGAGUAAAAAGAUUACCAUGCCCAACAGCACCAAAUUAUUUUGUGUUGCCUGGAACAAAAAGCAUGGUUAUAUUGCGUGUGGAGGUGAAGGUGGAUUCCUGAAGAUAAUGCAUUUGGAAUCUCCUUUACAUGAUGCUAAGCAGAAACAUCGCCAUAAUGUUCUUCCUUUGAAUCAAAAUGUGUCAGGACAUUCAGGUUGUGUGCAGAUGAUAAGAUGGAAUGACAGCUUUCACAGACUGACCACUAGUGACAGCAAUGGACUUAUAAUCGUUUGGGGAAUAUUGAAAGAUAAAUGGAAUGAAGAAAUGAUCAACAACCGACAAACUGGAGUACAGGAUAUGAAAUGGACUGGCAGCGGCAAAAUGAUUUGCAUUGUUUUUGAUGAUGGUAUGGUGAUUGUUGGAACUGUAGAAGGAGAAAGGAUAUGGGGUAAAGAUCUUGGAGAAAAGAAACUUUGUAAAGUAGAGUGGUCUCCUGACGAAAAGAUUCUUCUCUUUGGCUUGAUGAAUGGAGAAGUCUGUGUCUUUGACAGUAUGGGAAACUACAUUUCUCAGCUAAACAUUUUAUCCCAUAUCUGCACUUCGACCCCACUUAAAUUGGUGACCAUCGAUUGGUUUAAAGGCAAUUACAGAGAUCCCGCUCAAGCUUGUCUCAUGAUAGCUUACCAUAAUGGACAUGUUAGAAUCAUGAAGUCAGAAACAGAUGAGGAUCCUGUAAUCAUAGAAACUGAAAUGUAUAUAGAAGAUGUUUCUUGGAACCCGCAGGGAUCUGUGAUAGCAGUCGGAGGAAAAUAUAACUCAUCAGACAGUGAUCAGGAUCCAAAUUUUAUUAAUUUUUAUUCCCAAUCAGGUGAGCUUUUAAGGAAUUUAAAGAUACCUAGCAAGAAUCUGAAGAGUUUUUCAUGGGACAAAGCUGGGUUACGAUUAGCAAUUGCCUCCGACCAUUUACUUUACUUUGCCAACAUCAAACCAGACUACAAGUGGGGCUACUGCAGUAGCAGCAUCAUCUAUCAUUACACCAAACCUGAACGCAAUGAAAUCUGUGUUGUCUUCUGGGAAACAGUCAAAGAUAUCAAAUAUGUGAAAUACAUGAACAGUUUUGUGAACAUUGGCACCCAUGGAGAUUAUUGUUGUAUUGUGACAAAGAGUGAGGAAAGGGAAGAUCAGUUUGUUUUGGUCCUGUGUAAUUCAAUAGGGACCCCACUGGAGCAGAAAUAUGUGGAGAUGGAACCCGUGUUUAUUCUAAUGACUAAGACACAUGUCAUUAUGGCAUCAAGAGAAGCUUUUUAUCUGUGGCAUUUCAAAAAUCCCAAGAAGGCAACAUCACUGCUCGUUUCUUCCAGCAAGAAAUCUCGUCGAGAAAGGUUAUAUCACAUUGAUGUGGAACCAAGCCCAUCUGCGACCCAAAGUGACGUCAUUGAUUUCAGUAUGGCUUUCCAGGGAACAAAUAAUCCAAUUUGCUGUAUGUGUGCCUCAGAAAAUAUCUUGCUUAUUGCUCGUAUGAGUGGAGUAGUGCAGCGAUACAGCUUACCACAUGUUCUGCUGGAGCAUAAAUAUAAUUUUAACACAAUUGCGUCUCUGAUGGAUAUGAACUGUAAUUUGACGGUUUUGGCACUCGUUGAUAACUAUGGUGUGUUAUCAAUGUACGACCUGAAUGGUUAUAAAGAUAACAAUGGGAAGAGCGGAAAUACGGAGCGACUGAAUUUUGAGCGGAAAGAUGUCUGGAACAUCAAAUGGGCCUAUGACAAUCCUAAUCUGUUUGCAUUGAUGGAGAAGGAACGGAUGCUGGUUGUUCGAGGAAUUGAACCUGAGGAACCAGUUUCCAGCAAAGGCUAUUUAUGCCACUUCUCAGACUUGCAAAUUAAAACUGUUCUCCUGGAACACAUCAUGACAUACCCCCAGAACCCAACCAAGGAUUUCGUUGUUGAUAUCGAGAUUAAAAGUCUACGAGAUACUCGGGAGAUGUUGACCAAAGUCAGUUUGGAAGAAGCUCUUCAUUUUAUUGAAAAGAAUCCACACCCAAGAUUAUGGCGUUUGCUGGCUGAAACUGCUUUGGAAGCUAUGGAUACGAGUAUAGCUGAACAGGCUUUUGUACACUGCCAAGAUUACUAUGGCAUUCAGUUUGUGAAAAAGCUCAAUAACCAACAGAUUGAGUCUAUUAAGAAAGCUGAGGUGUUGUGUUAUUUCCAUAAAUUUGAUGAAGCGGAACAACUUUAUGUCAGUAUUGACAGAUGGGACCUGGCCGUAGCCAUGAGGAAGAAAAUGGGGGACUGGUUUCGGGUUCUGCAUCUGCUGACAUCAAACAGCAGCGGGGAUGACAACCAGCUGGAGGAGGCCUGGAAUGCCAUUGGGGACUACUUUGCUGACAGACAACAAUGGGUCGAAGCAGUAAACCAUUAUUUAAAAGGUCGAAACCAAGCAAGGCUGGCCGAUUGCUACUAUUUAUUGGAGGAUUUUAUUGGCCUUCAAAAAAUGGUUGCUUUUUUGCCAGAAAACCACGAGUUGUUACCAAAUAUUGGUGACAUGUUCAUCACCGUCGGCAUGUGCGAACAGGCUGUGGAGGCUUACAUCAAGUGUAACCGAGUGAAGGCUGCCAUUGACUGCUGCAUUCAGCUGAAUCACUGGAAUAUGGCCAUAGAUUUAGCCAGGAAAUAUUCUAUAAAGGACAUUGAUUCUAUGCUAACCAAAUAUAUGAGUCACCUUCUGGAGAAAGGACGCACCAUGAAUGCUGUUGAGCUUUAUUGCAAAGCAGGGCACUAUUUAGAAGCUGCUAAACUGCUGAUGAAGGAAGCAAAAAAGAUAGCGAAAGUGUCCAAGUUACUUUUGAUGAAGAAAGUGUACGUUCUGAUAGGUUUACUAAUGGAGAAAUAUCACGAACAGAUGAAGUUUAAUGUGAAAGCCAGAAACGAGAAGGGAAAGAAAAGUAACGUAUCUACACCAUUGGAAGGAAUCCUCCAAGAAGAUACAGCAUCUAUGAGUGACAGUCACCUUAUUGACAAUGGAUGGCACCAUGCUGAGGCUUACCAUUUUUAUAUAUUAGCACAGACACAGCUGCAGACAGGCUAUGUUGAUUCAGCAAUGAAGACCGCUUUGGUUUUACGAGAUUAUGAAGACGUCCUUGAUCCUGUCGACAUCUAUUCUUUGCUCGCAUUGGCAGCAUAUGCAAACUGUGCAUUUGGUACUUGUUCAAAAGCUUUUAUAAAACUCGAAUCUUUGGAAACCUUGGAUCCAGCCCAAAGAAAACAAUAUGAAGAGAUGGCAUUUGAAAUAUUUUCCAGACACACUCCAAAGGAUUCCAAAUACAAUCAGGUUGAGUGUCCGAGCUGUUCAUCUACCAUGCCCGAUUGGACGUCUGUGUGUCCCAGCUGUGACAUCAAGUACCCGCCAUGCAUUGUGAGCGGACGAACGAUUAUGGAUUACCACUACUGGAUGUGCAACAGCUGCAAACACCGUGCAUAUGAAUCAGAAAUAGUGCAACGCCAAACAUGUCCUCUGUGCCACUCACCAUUCUAACAAAAUAAUUAAAAACACACUAUAUACAUACACACACACACACACACACACACA